AUGCUGUACGCUCUUGACAACCCGCUCUCUUCGUUCUGGCAAAGGCUCUCGCAGCAGCCAUACCCGGCCAAGCCCGAGGGUCUGCCGGUUGCCGACUGGGCGUUUGAGCUCUCGCUCUCGCCUUGGGUGCCGCUGCUUACCGGCGUUGUCUACCUCUUCGCCACGCACGCCACCAACAACCGCUUUGGACCGGGCAAGCCCAAGCCCACCGACCUUGUCAAGCAGUCGUACGGUCUGUCGCAGACCGUGCUUGGCCACAACAUCCUGCUCGCCGUCUACUCGGGCUGGACCUUCUUCCACGCCGCCACGCGCAUCCUGAGCUACCUGCUCGGUGGUGCUCUUGCCGGAGGCUUCUCUGGUCUGACGAACGCCUACUGCACCGUGCCUAUCGCCGAUGCGUCGUUUGCUGGCCUCGGCAUCUACGUGUGGCUGUUCUACAUCUCCAAGUACUACGAGAUUAUCGACUCGGUCAUCCUCAUCCUCAAGGGCAAGCCCGUGAGCAACCUGCAGUCGUACCACCAUGCCGGUGCGAUUCUGUGCAUGUGGGCUGCCUACCGCUACUCGGCACCCGCGGUGUUCAUCUUCCUGCUCUUCAACUCGCUCGUGCACACGCUCAUGUACACCUACUACUCGAUGACCGCGCUCAAGCUGCCCUUCACCGGCGGCCUCAAGCGCAGCAUGACCACUAUCCAGAUCACCCAGCUCGUCGUCGGAUGUGGCCUCGCCUCGUCGUACCUCUGGCUCACGUACGCUCCUAGCGCGUACCCGGCCGGCGCCGUUCCCACCCCCGGCAGGCACGUGCUCAACCCGGUCUCGUCGGCUUUCAGCUCGUUCACCUCGGCUGCCAACAGCACCGCAUCGGACUCCAAGUUCCUCGCGUCGACUUCGACCGAGGCACUCCAGCUCAUCAAGCAGGCCAUCCUCGCGAGCGUCGGCGCCAACCAGAAGACCGCCUGUGUUGCUACCACCGGUCAGCUCUUUGCCGUCGUGCUCAACGUCGCAUACCUCAUCCCGCUCAUCUACCUCUUUGUCAGCUUCUACAUCCGCAGCUACCAGAAGAAGGCGGCCAAGGGCGCAAAGGCGCAGUAA